UCUCGUCUCACUCCUGCUGCUCUCAGGAUCUUGAUUAUUUCUGCUCGGGUCUCUCUGGUGUGACGGACACUGGAUGUAUAAACGCUGGACCGUGUUUUCCGUGUGUUUUCCGUGUGUUUUCCGUGUGUUUACCGAGAUCCUCUUCUGCUGGACCACUCUCCUGUAAGUACAGCUUCGGUGUGAGAGCGGGGCAUGUUGUCACACUUCUCCGUCCACUGAGCUGGACUUCAGGAGCCACACACACACACACUGAGCUCGGACGCGGGGCAUGUUGUCACACUGUGUGGGGAGAUGGCCGGUCUGAGCUGACUCGCGAUGGACGGAGAGAAGAACGUCAGCGUCAGCGCGAACGUCUCCGGCGCGCACGGCCUGUGGGAGGCGGUCACCAUAGCAACCGUCUCCGCCGUGGUCAGCCUCAUCACCGUCGUGGGCAACGUUCUGGUGAUGCUGUCCUUCAAAGUCAACAGCCAGCUGAAGACGGUCAACAACUACUACCUGCUGAGCCUGGCCUGUGCCGACCUCAUCAUCGGCGUCUUCUCCAUGAACCUCUACACCUCCUACAUCCUCAUGGGCCGCUGGGCUCUGGGGAGUUUGGCCUGCGAUCUCUGGCUGGCUUUGGAUUACGUGGCCAGUAACGCGUCUGUCAUGAACCUGCUGGUCAUUAGUUUCGACCGCUACUUCUCCAUCACCCGUCCGUUGACGUAUCGGGCCAAACGAACGCCGAGGCGAGCGGGAAUCAUGAUCGGCUUGGCUUGGCUCGUGUCUCUGGUCCUCUGGGCUCCUCCGAUCCUCUGCUGGCAGUACUUGGUGGGAAAGCGAACGGUCCCCGAAGGACAGUGUCAGAUUCAGUUCUUCUCCGAGCCCGUGAUUACUUUCGGAACGGCGAUAGCCGCCUUUUAUAUUCCCGUAUCCGUCAUGACUAUCCUCUACUGUCGGAUUUAUAAAGAAACCGAGCGGCGCACCAAAGACCUGGCCGAGCUCCAAGGAGUCAACUCUGCCAACGAUUCGGAUCCACCGAAUCCCAAGACUCGCUCGUGUUUCGCUUCCAAAGAGGAGCAGCUGACCAACUUCAGCUACGCUUCGUCCGAAGACGAGGAGCGCUCGGCUUCUCCCUGCGUCUUCGCCGAGACCAGACACAAAAAGUGCGUCUCGUACAAAUUCAAAGACGUGAAGAGCGCUAACGCAGAGGAGAAGCCGGCGUCGUUCUCGUCGGCCGAGUCCGUGAACGCCCCGUCCUCCUCGUCUUCCUCCAAACCCGCCGAGGGCACGCUGAAGAGCCAGAUCACCAAGAGGAAGAGGAUGGUCCUGAUCAAGGAGAAGAAGGCGGCGCAGACCCUCAGCGCCAUCCUGCUGGCCUUCAUCCUCACCUGGACGCCCUACAACAUCAUGGUGCUGGUGUCCACCUUCUGCUCCGACUGCGUCCCGCUGGCGCUCUGGCACCUGGGAUACUGGCUGUGUUACGUCAACAGCACCGUCAACCCCAUGUGCUACGCUCUCUGCAACAAGACCUUCCGCAAGACCUUCCGCAUGCUGCUGCUGUGCCGCUGGAGCAAGAAGAGGCCCGAGGAGAAGCUGUACUGGUGCGGAGCGACCCCAGCGGCCGGACACAGACUCACCUGAGAGCUGUCCAUCUCAGAGAAACCUGUGAAAACUGAGAAAUAUUAUUAGAGUUUGAACUAGAGCUGAAUAUGCGUUAAACUCAUUUGUUUCUGUAUUUUCAGCAUCGUUCCUCCAGUCUUCAGCGUCGCACGAUCCUUCAGAACUCAUAAUAAUACACUGAUUUACUGCUCGAGGAACAUUUCUGAGGAUUAUUAUUAUGUUGAAACAGUUGUGCUGCACAGUGUUAUUGAUACACUCAAAAGAUUUUUUUAUUCAUCACGGAUGCAUUCAAUUGUUUAAAAGUGACAUUUAUGUUUUAGAUAAAUAUAGGUGCUUUACGAUACCGUAGAAGAACUGUUUUGUCUAACUGUUUCCAUAAAGAACCUCAUUACGUGUCGCUCUAAACCCGUAAGACCUUCGUUCAUCUUCAGAACACAAAUGAAGACAUAUCUGAUGAAAUCUGAGAGCGCUCUGACGCUCCGUAGACAGAAACUCAGAUGAUCCAGAUCCAGAAACCUAGCAAAUGCAUCGGAAAAUCAGUCCGUGUGACAUCAGUGACUCAAAAAAACUUCCUCUUCUAGUUACGUUUUCUGUCAUUUUGAGGAGAACCCUUCAUCUGGAGAACCUUUCUAUUUCAGGAAAGCAUCUUUGUAGCGAAAGACGUUUCUUCAGAUUAUAAAAAUGUAAGAAAGAGAUGGUUCUUUAAAGAACCUUUGACUGAAUGUUGGUUCUUCUGUGGCAUUGCUGUGAAAUGUAUUCAUCUGUGAAUCCUGAA